GGUGCUUGGGGUGGAGUCCCAGGUGGGGUGGUUGCAGUUAGUUGGACAGUUACAUAACUCGGAAGCUAACCUCUUGGGGAGUCAGAGUGUUCUGGGGAUGGUCAUGCAUUCUCCUGGACAGUGUCUGCCCCUUCCUCUGUGGGUAUGAGCCAGAUGCUAGGAUGUGCUUCCAGGAGGCUGGGAACAUGGCCAGAAACAGGUCCCUUGGGAACAGAGGUCUGGGCCAUUUCAAGCGGGGGGAGGAAUGGUUAAUACAGGGCAGGGGACUGGCAAGUAGGAGGAGGCUGAAGCAAAAUGUCACAGUAGGGGUGGUGGGAAACCUGCUUGCUCUGGGCUUUGUCUCCAGCAGCUCUGGGGACUGACAGCCAAGGACGUGGGGACUGAUAGAACCAGGUGUCUGACUGGCUGGGGAGAUGUGUGUUCUUGCUUGUGGCUCUUCUGUCUUUCCAUUUCUUGGACGCUGGCAGAGUUUUGGGUUCAAAAUGGUAUAGGGUGGGGGAGAAGACCUCAUUUAUCGGGUGUGUGUUAUGUGAAAGAUACUGUUGGAUUUUUUUCAUGACUAUUACUUUUCCCAUUUUACAGAUGAAGAAACUGAUACAGGGAGAUAGUAACUUGUUCAAGGCUGUGCAGCCAGCAUGUAAUUACCCUAAGGUUUGAAGCCUGGUCUUGCUCCAAAAAUUGUGCUUCUAAUGAAGUAUUUUGAAGAGCCAGGCUUCCUUUGGUGACUUUUUCCAAAUGCCAACCUGACCCAAAGUCUUGGAUUUCUGAUCUGUCCCUCCAGAGGGUGCUGUUGGUGAUGUUAGGAGGGCACGGUGCUCUGUGGGAUAAGGGAGAAGGGAUGCUGAGAGAAGUUGGCUGAGAGUGAUCCAGGGAUGUGGGUCUCUAGCAUGCAGAGAGGUCCCCAGUCUGCCUUCUGUUUAGUGGGCCUCUGGGUGUCUGCUCAAAGUGCCACUUGUCUGCCUUGAGCUGCUGAUCCUGUGGGCAUUACUCCCUCCUCCCCCCCCCCCCCCCCCCCUCCAGUGAGGACAAAUGUCAAGGCUGCUAGCUCUGAAGGUUUAAAUACAAAGAGCCCCAGGGUGCCCUGUGGGCAUGGAGGAGUGUGGCCCUGUUAGAGACACAGGCAUCUGUGGACGAGAAUGCUCUCAUCCACACUUUCUCUUGAGCUGCUCUCAGCUAGGAGACACAUUGAGGGUAUUGUCAUAGAGUCCUCCCCACCCCAGUUGAAGGCACUACCCUCCAGGAGAUCUGGGGCUGAUUUGGUGACCUAGGAUCUCUUUAACUUGGGCCAGCUGUAUAGAACUGCUAUGGACCUUGUUUUCUUCCUUCCUUCCUUCCUUCCUUCCCCCUGUCAAAUCUGUGUGCAAGGUGGCCACAGGAGCAGUUUCGCAGGGCUUUGGUGAAGAUCAGAUGGAAUUGGGUAUGUGAAAGGGACCUCGAAGAGUUUAAAGCACAGAGAAAAUAUUAUCUACCCAUCCACUCUAGGAACACUUAUUUAGACCCUAUUAGAUGUUUGCAGAUACAGCAGGGAGCGAAAUGGGCCCAAAUCCCUGCCUUCAUGAGGCUGACAUUCCAGUGAGGAGAGACAAUGAACAAAUAAGGAAAAUGUAUAGAAUGGCAUUUGCUGAUAAGAGCUGUGGAGAAAAAUAAAGCAUGAAGCUGGGAAGAAAGAUAGGGAGCUCCAGGAAAGGGGGUUGCUAUUUUAAUAGAACGGUCAGGGAAAGACUCACUGAUAAGGGAACACUUGAGCUGUGACCUGGAGGAGCUCUUAGUCCAGGCAGCGGGCACCGCAGUCCCAGGCCGCCCCGUGCAUGGUGUGUUGGGGACCAGCAAGGAGGCUAAUAGAACUGGAGUGCGGUGAGAAAGAUGAAGAAUCAUAGGAUUAUCACUCUUUAUUAUUAUUACACAGUAGCUGCUCUAUGCCAGUGCCCUUGAGCUUUCUCUCUGUCUUUUCAACAUACAUUUCUCGAGUCCUUACCAUGAGCCAGGCUCAGUACUCGGUGCUGGGGGUAAGGUGCUGAGCAAAACAGAACAAUCCCUACCCUCACAAAAGUUUAUAGUGAGAGGGGUGGGGACACAUGAACAAGGGGCAAUUUAAUUGUGAUAAGUACUAUGGAGGAAAUGUACAGAGGGUAAACAGGGGGCCAAAUUUAGUGUGGGUGGGGGAGCUGGGACAUCUUCCCUGAGGAAGUUCCAUCUAAGCUGUGACCCGAGGGAGAAGUUGAAUUUGGCUUGGUGCAGUGUGCAUGGUGUGAGUACGAUGAGGAACAAUGUAGAAAGAGAUUCCCUUUUGUAUAGAGGUCACCGAUUGGCAGCUCACAGGCUGAAUUCAUUCCAUAGACGUGAUUUAUUUGGCUUGCAGUGUUGAAAAAUGUGAGUUACUUGCCAGCAUUUAAAACUCAGGAGAUGUCAUGUUAAAGUGUACAUUUUUUUCAGCUUCUGUUGAAAAUCAGAAGAUCAGGCUCCACUGGGAUGCCGGUGCCGGCUAUGUGCUGGUGUGGUACCUGCCCCGGUGCUCGGGAGUGGACUUUUCAGUUCCUUCCAGACCUCCUUUGCUUAUUGACACAGGCACUCGAGCUUGUAACCACCAAGAAAUCAGUGCUUUUUAGGGAAGGGGUGAAUGUUGAAGUGUACUGCUUUGGAGUCCGGCAGAUCUGGGUUAGAAUCUUGGUUCCCACACCUCCGUGGCUGCUUGAUGUAGGGCGAGUUACCCGCCUGCUUCUGUCUCGGUUUCCUCACCUGCUGAAUGGGGAUCCUGUCGUCCUCCUCCAUACUUUUAUCAGCAUGUCCUGGUUUAGUGGCCUCCUGGUCCCCAAGGUGGAUGAACGGAAAACAGCCUGGGGUGAACGCAAUGGGCAGAAGCGUCCACGCCGUGGGACUCGGACCAGCGGCUUCUGCACACCGCGCUAUAUGAGCUGCCUCCGGGAUGCACAGCCCCCCAGCCCCACCCCUGCAGCUCCUCCUCGGUGCCCCUGGCAGGAUGAGACUUUCAUGCGGAGAGGUGGCCCAGGCAAGGAGCCGGGGCUGCGGGCGGUGGCCCUCGGCUUUGAGGACACUGAGGCGAUGGCGGCGGUCGGGGCAGCCGAGGUGGCACCCGACGUGGCAGCCCGGGGUAGGCGGUCUUGCUGGCGCCGUCUGGCCCAGGUGUUCCAGUCCAAGCAGUUCCGCUCGGCCAAGCUGGAGCGCCUGUACCAGCGGUACUUCUUUCAGAUGAACCAGAGCAGCCUGACGCUGCUGAUGGCCGUGCUGGUGCUGCUGACGGCCGUGCUGCUAGCCUUUCAUGCUGCACCUGCCCGCCCUCAGCCUGCCUAUGUGGCCCUACUGGCCUGUGCCGCCGCCCUCUUCGUAGCGCUCAUGGUGGUGUGUAACCGGCACAGCUUCCGCCAGGACUCCAUGUGGGUGGUGAGCUAUGUGGUGCUGGGCAUCCUGGCAGCCGUGCAGGUUGGGGGUGCCCUGGCAGCCAACCCCCGCAGCCCCUCUGUGGGCCUCUGGUGCCCCGUGUUUUUUGUCUACAUCACCUACACGCUCCUACCCAUCCGCAUGCGGGCGGCUGUCUUCAGUGGCCUGGGCCUCUCCACCCUGCAUCUGAUCUUGGCCUGGCAGCUCAACCAUGGUGAUGCCUUCCUCUGGAAGCAGCUUGGUGCCAACAUGCUGCUGUUCCUCUGCACCAACGUCAUCGGCAUCUGCACACACUAUCCAGCUGAGGUGUCUCAGCGCCAGGCCUUUCAGGAGACCCGUGGUUACAUCCAGGCCCGGCUGCACCUGCAGCAUGAGAAUCGGCAGCAGGAACGGCUGCUGCUAUCAGUGUUGCCCCAGCACGUUGCCAUGGAGAUGAAAGAAGAUAUCAACACAAAGAAAGAAGACAUGAUGUUCCACAAGAUCUACAUACAGAAGCAUGACAAUGUCAGCAUCCUGUUUGCAGACAUUGAAGGCUUCACCAGCCUGGCAUCCCAGUGCACUGCGCAGGAGCUGGUCAUGACCCUGAACGAGCUCUUUGCCCGGUUUGACAAACUGGCUGCGGAAAAUCAUUGCCUGAGGAUCAAGAUCUUAGGGGACUGUUACUACUGUGUGUCGGGGCUGCCGGAAGCCCGAGCAGACCAUGCCCACUGCUGUGUGGAGAUGGGGGUGGACAUGAUCGAGGCCAUCUCGCUGGUGCGUGAGGUGACAGGUGUGAACGUGAACAUGCGCGUGGGCAUCCACAGCGGGCGUGUGCACUGUGGCGUCCUUGGUCUGCGGAAAUGGCAAUUCGAUGUGUGGUCCAAUGACGUGACUCUGGCCAACCACAUGGAGGCGGGGGGCCGGGCCGGCCGCAUCCAUAUCACUCGGGCCACGCUGCAGUACCUGAAUGGGGAUUAUGAGGUGGAGCCAGGCCGUGGUGGUGAACGUAAUGCAUACCUCAAGGAGCAGCAUAUUGAGACCUUCCUCAUCCUGGGAGCCAGCCAGAAACGGAAAGAGGAGAAGGCCAUGCUGGCCAAGCUGCAGCGUACACGGGCCAACUCCAUGGAAGGACUGAUGCCACGCUGGGUGCCUGAGCGCGCCUUUUCCCGGACCAAGGACUCCAAGGCUUUCCGCCAGAUGGGCAUUGAUGAUUCCAGCAAAGACAACCGGGGUGCCCAAGAUGCCCUGAACCCUGAGGAUGAGGUAGAUGAGUUCCUGGGCCGUGCCAUCGAUGCCCGCAGCAUCGAUCAACUACGGAAGGACCAUGUGCGCCGCUUCCUGCUCACCUUCCAGAGAGAGGAUCUUGAAAAGAAGUACUCGCGGAAGGUGGACCCCCGCUUCGGAGCCUACGUAGCCUGUGCGCUGUUGGUCUUCUGCUUCAUCUGCUUUAUCCAACUCCUCGUCUUCCCACAUUCAACUCUGCUGCUUGGGAUCUAUGCCAGUAUCUUCCUGCUGUUGCUGAUCACUGUGCUGACCUGUGCCGUGUACUCCUGUGGCUCUCUCUUCCCCAAGGCCCUGCAACGCCUUUCCCGCAGCAUUGUCCGUUCUCGGGCACACAGCACUGCGGUUGGCAUCUUUUCAGUCUUGCUUGUGUUCACCUCUGCCAUCGCCAACAUGUUCACCUGUAACCACACCCCCAUACGGACUUGUGCAGCCCGGAUGCUGAAUGUAACACCUGCUGACAUCACUGCCUGCCACCUGCAGCAGCUCAAUUACUCUCUGGGCCUGGAUGCUCCCCUGUGUGAGGGCACCGCACCCACUUGCAGCUUCCCUGAGUACUUCGUUGGGAACAUGCUGCUGAGUCUCUUGGCCAGCUCUGUCUUCCUACACAUCAGUAGCAUCGGGAAGUUGGCAAUGAUCUUUGUCCUCGGGCUCAUCUAUUUGGUGCUGCUUCUGCUGGGCCCCCCAGCCACCAUCUUUGACAACUAUGACCUGCUGCUUGGUGUCCAUGGCUUGGCUUCUUCCAAUGAGACUUUCGACGGGCUGGACUGCCCAGCUGCAGGGAGGGUAGCACUCAAAUACAUGACCCCCGUGAUUCUGCUGGUGUUUGCUCUGGCGCUGUAUCUGCAUGCCCAGCAGGUGGAAUCAACUGCUCGUCUGGACUUCCUCUGGAAACUGCAGGCAACAGGGGAGAAGGAGGAGAUGGAGGAGCUGCAGGCAUACAACCGAAGGUUGCUCCAUAACAUUCUGCCCAAGGACGUGGCUGCCCACUUCCUGGCCCGGGAGCGCCGGAACGAUGAGCUCUACUAUCAGUCGUGUGAGUGUGUGGCCGUCAUGUUUGCCUCCAUUGCCAACUUUUCUGAGUUCUAUGUGGAGCUGGAGGCAAACAAUGAGGGCGUCGAGUGCCUGCGGCUGCUCAACGAAAUCAUCGCUGACUUUGAUGAGAUCAUCAGCGAGGAGCGGUUCCGGCAGCUGGAGAAGAUCAAGACGAUUGGUAGCACCUACAUGGCUGCCUCAGGGCUGAAUGCCAGCACCUAUGAUCAAGCGGGCCGCUCCCAUAUCACUGCCCUGGCUGACUAUGCCAUGCGGCUCAUGGAACAGAUGAAGCACAUCAACGAGCACUCCUUCAACAAUUUCCAGAUGAAGAUUGGGCUGAACAUGGGCCCAGUCGUGGCAGGCGUCAUUGGGGCUCGGAAACCACAGUAUGACAUCUGGGGGAACACAGUGAAUGUCUCUAGCCGUAUGGACAGCACGGGGGUCCCUGACCGAAUCCAGGUGACCACGGACUUGUACCAGGUUCUAGCUGCCAAGGGCUACCAGCUGGAGUGUCGAGGGGUGGUCAAGGUGAAGGGCAAGGGGGAGAUGACCACCUACUUCCUCAAUGGGGGCCCCCCCAGUUAGCAGGACCCAACUACACAUUCAGCUGACAGGACCAAGGUGGGCAUUUGAGUGGACUCUGUGCUCGCUGGGUGGAGCUGUGGCAGGGGGCACCGAGCCUCCAGACCCUGCUGACCACAAAAGGGAACCUCCCAGCAGGCUGUGCUUGGACCAUGCUCGUCUGCCCUCAGGCUGGUGAACAGGGGGAUACCAAGAGGAUUAUGCAAGUGACUUUUACUUUUCUAAUUGGGAUAGGGCUGUUCCCUCUCCUCUCUUCCAGCUUUUGGGAGCAGGGGAGGGGGCAGGGCAGCAGCAGAGGCAGCAGGGAUUAAAAUGGCAGCUUGCCAUGCCUACCCUUUCCCUGUCUGUCUGGGUAACAGACUCAGGGCUGGGCCCUUCCUUUCCCUCUUUUUCCUGGGAAUAUUUUGUACAAAGACUGGGGCAGGCAUGAGGAGUGCCUAUUCCAUGCUUGCCUCUGCUAUGCCUGCAUCCCCAGCACUGGCCUUGGAUACCCCACCCCAGUCGGGUCUUCCUCCUAGGCACAGGGCAGACGAGGGAGAUGCUCUGGGGACCCUGCUCUGUCCAUAUUUCAGGGGAAUGUUUCCAUUUGCCAAAUCCUAGUCCCAUGAUCUGUCCCCAAAGGGGAACAAAGGGACUUCUGACAGCUCAGAUCUAGCCCUAGUUCCUGCACAGCUCCAGGAAAAGGGGCAUCUAGCCUCCUUUGGUACUGUGAAAACACCCAGCCAGAAAGCAAGCAUGUAUGUGGGGAUGUCAAAAGGUCAGGAGCUGGAAGUUCACCUGUAGAUGCCCAAGAGAGCAGGCUGGCCAGGGAGUGGGGUGGUACCAGACUCUUGAUCUGAGGGCCCCACUGGGGUCAGGAUCAGGUCACUCUGCCCCCAUGCACUCUUGCUGUCUGCUGGCAAGGGGGCACAGAGCAUCUCUACCCCUUCUGUUGCCAAAUAGAAAAGGGUCAGGGCAUGGAGGAGGGUGACCCUGAUCUCAAACCUGUCCUCCCAAGUCUUGGCACUGGGGAGGGCCUGUAUGUCUGUGUAAUGUGUGUGCCUGUCAGCCUUUUUGUGUGUGUAUCUGUUUCCAGGUCUGUGUGUGUCCUUAUGGUUCUCCUCAGCUCUCCACCCUGGGUUGCCUCUCUCCUGUGGGCCUCUGUCUUCGGGGAAUAAGGCAGGGUUUCUGAUUUCAAGGGAUGGAGAGAGACGCCUAGGUUGUACAGGAGUAGCAUGGGGUGUGGCAGCAAGAGGAAGGUGGCCCUGGGGAGAGGAGUCCUUUUUGUGCCAAAUCCCUAAGUGCCAUUUGGGGGCCGUGUGUGCAGCAUGACUGUCUCCCUGCCUGGGGCAGGGACCCAAGCGCCUGCUUGAGCCUCAGUGCUCCAUGCACUUGAACUGUCUGGGUUUGGCGGGCAGAGCCUCAGGACUUUCCUGGGUUCCCCAGAUGGUGGUAUACUUUGGGACUGGGGUAGCAUGGGAUCCCUCUGAGGACCCAGAUACUGGUACUAGGGGAUGGGGCAAGGGAACCUGAAACUUGGCUUUCCCCAGCCUUCAGUCUCAGUCUAGCAUGUUCCUGGCUCCCCAGUCUCCAUGAAGCCUUCAAGGGCUGGAAGGAGGGUCAGGAGGUUGGACUCUAGAUUCCCUUCCUAUCUCUGCCUUCCUUUUACUCCUUUCCCUGCAACCUCCUUGCCACCUAACUUAGUUGGUGCCUUGGUUUCUCUGUCUGUCUGUACCUAUUUAAGCCAGAGGCAUUAGCCUGAAUUUUGCUUGAAGAUCAUGUUGUGUUAAAGAUGAUUAGAGAGACAGAGAAGAGGGUUCCAGAGUUGCUAAGUUUGGGGAAUGAAAGGGGUGGGUGGCACCCUUGCCCUUCCUCAUGCCUUUUCUGACUCGAGCUCCUUGCAGAGGCCUGGUUUCUGGCUUGCACUGCCUGCCUUGGGGGAUCUUGAUGCAUCAGUCAAGUGGGUCAUCAGGCACUUCAUUAGCUAUGGCAGGAGGAGGGGAAAAGACUAGUUGGUCCAGAGAGAAGAUCAACUCCCUCUCCCCAGACAUAUCCCUGGAUGGGAAAGGGACUGCUUGGAGCCCUGGGGUGGGGAUAGGGGUGUAAGGAGACCAGAGUGGGAAGACCUCAGUCUUGGGUGAUUUGUCUUUGCUUCUUGUCAAGUGGGAGGGACCUGUCCAACACCCUGACUCCCCAUACCACAGUGCCAGCCAUGCCCUUUUCCUGGGCUACCAUUGCCCCCUUUCUCACCAGUUGGUGGGGGAGUCAGUGGAUGGGAGGCCCAUGGACUUUGGUUUUAUAAUGUAACCACUGUGGGGGUGGGGGAGGGUGGUAUACCAUGUAUUUCAGUGAAAUAUUUAAUAUAUUUAAAUAUCAAUAAAAUCAAACUCUUUGUAAAA